AUGCUGAGCUAUGCUGGGGCAGCGAGGAGCAAUACGCAGCAAAAGCCAACUUAUAUAAACCUUACCUUCGCAAGCAAAGCAUUUCCCCCUCCUUUUCUUAGGGUCCGAUGCGCCGGGCGAGGAGGGUCAAAUUCCCUCGACAAGGUGAACCUCCUUUUCGGACGUUCGCCAAAGCGCAGAAAGCUCCGAGAUGUCAAUUACAUCGACGUCAACUUGACCAAGCUUGCUUCACUAACAACAGCAUCGUCUUUUCGCAAACUCGUAUUCCUUGCCAACAUGUCUCUCCUCCGUGUCUCCACCUCUUCGCUCGCUCGCGUCACCAAGUCGCCCACCUUCGCCAUGGCUGCUCGAGGCUACGCCGACGGUCCUACGGACAAGGCUGGUGCCACCGCCUCUUCCCAAGGCUGGAACAAGCGCGAACAGGCCCAAGAGAACCAGUACGUCCAGCAGGCCGAGAAGGAGAAGCUCCAAAAACUCCGCGACUCGAUCAAGAAGCAGCGCCAACACCUUGAUGAGGUACGUAGACCGCCGCUGUUGCCGCGUAAUAGUAGAGCGAGCGACGCCGAAGCUGACAAUUCACCUUCUCAUGAACCUGCCGUCCAAUGUAACUAUUUUGCCUUGACAGGUCGAGAGCCAACUCAACAACCUCGACAAGAAGUGAUUGUCGACAGCGCCUUUCUUUGGAACCGUCGCACCACCGCUCUCGACUCGUCAGCACAGACAUGA